ACCGCGUCUUUGUGAUGACGACAUAGGGCGUUGGAUGCAGUUGGACACAUUCUGAUACAGCUCAAACGAACUCUUAACCCUCGAUAUGAUAAAUCAUCAGGAUACUCAGCUCCUCGCCCACCAUGCCUCCCUAUGUACCCCGCAAGCGAGUCCGCGAUGAAUCUCCCUCUCCAGCCACUGAACCGAAGGAUGCGAAGCGAAGUAAAGGCAAAGACAAGCUCAACACCGCAAAGUUGACAGCUCCACCUCGGAAGCCAACCCUUUUUGACGCCCUCGACGCAACCGCCAGUCCCGGUUCCUCUUCCAAGACCAGCCUCGCAGCAUUGGCCCUCAACGAGAGCUCUGAUGAUGACGACUCCAGUUCUCUCUCGUCCUUGUCCGAUGGCGAUUUUGAAGACGUCCCGGUCCUCAAGAAACAGAAGCUCUCUAAUGCCCAGGUAGACGAGGACGAAGACGAUGAUGACGACGACGAAGAUCUCGAAUUCGAAGACGUCGAACCCUACUACCAGCCCCAACCAGCCUCAGCAAACGUCCCCGAAGUACCCACCGGCGACCUCGAACUGACGCUGAUCCGAGACACGCGCAUAUCCCUUGCCAAUGCGCUGGGGAAGAAGGGGCCCUCCAAGCUAGAGCGGAGGAUACGAGUCUCAACCCACUGUGUGCACGUGCAGUUGCUUCUAUGGCACAAUGCUGUCCGCAACGCUUGGCUGUGUGAUCCGGAGGUGCAGGGGAUUCUUCUGUCGCAUCUCCCCCCGAAGCUGUGGGAUGAGGUGGAUAGGUGGAGGCGGAGUAGUGGGUUGGAGGUGGUGGUACUUGAUGGUGGUGGUGCUGUGGCUUCGAGUAAGAAGUCACCCGCCCAGAAGAAGACGAGGGCACAGUCGAAAGAGAAAGGGAAGGCCAAAGGGAAAGAUGUCGGAGUGGAUAGGUCGCGGGAUUGGGGUCAAGCGGCGAAAAAUCUGGAAAAGGGCGCGGUGGAUAUGAGCCAUGGUGAUCCCCUGUUUCGGUUGAUGAAGGUUCUCAGUACGUGGUGGAAGCAGCGGUUCCGGAUCUCGGCGCCAGGGCUACGGAAGUGGGGGUACAUGACGUUGGAGAGGUUGGAUCGUUUGACCAAAACCUUCAACCAGGAGAAACAUCAACCGGAACGAUUUGGAGAGCGAAUUGCCAGUUUGGAAGACUUUCGCGAGUGUGCUUCGGAAUGCGCUGGAAGUCGUGAUGUGGGCGCUCAACUUUUCACGGCAUUGUUGAGGGCAUUGGGGCUUGAGGCUAGGUUGGUGGCUAGCCUGCAGCCGUUGGGGUUUGGCUGGACGAAAGUGGAAGAGGCAGAUCCGGAGAAGGAGGAAGAUCUCAACUCUACUCCGAAAAAGAAGGUCGUGGCCACGAGCGUGGCCAAAGAGACCGUUACAGCACAGGCUUCGGGGACAUCUACGAGACGUAGUGCUAGCCGUAAGGCAACGAAGAUUCAGAGAUCUAACUCAGAGCUCAUAGCAGCAGACAGUGACGACGAUCUAGUCAUUAGUGACCCUGAGCCCGAACCAACACCGCGGAAAAGCAACAAAGUCUACGAUAAGGACCUGGAGUUCCCCCAUUACUGGACCGAGGUUCUUUCCCCAGUCACCAAGAAAUACCUACCCAUUGACCCCCUUGUGAAAUCCAUCAUCGGAACCAAUCGGGAGUUGAUCGAAUCUCUGGAACCACGGGGUAGCAAAGCGGACAAGGCCAAACAGGUCAUGGCCUAUGUCGUGGGAUACUCGCCAAACGGAACGGCAAAGGACGUCACAGUGCGCUACCUCAAACGACGAACCUUACCUGGGCGCACAAAAGGCAUGCGGAUCCCUAUCGAGAAGGUUCCCGUCUACAACAAGCACGGCAAGGUAGCGAGGUACGAGCUGCACGACUGGUUCCAGACCGUGAUGAAAGGCUACGCCAGAGGCGGCAGGAGCAAGCCCGCCCUGACCGACGUCGACCUAGAAGAAGACGCCACGGACCUGAAGCCAGCCAAGCCCGAGAAGAAGGAAGUCAAAGAGGGCGAAGAGACUCUUCAGUACUACAAGCAAUCCAAAGAGUUCGUGCUCGAGCGCCACCUCAAGCGCGAGGAGGCACUCCUGCCCAACGCGCGACCAGUCAAGAUGUUCAGGAACAAAGGCGGGGGCAAAAACUCGACAACCACCGCCCAAGACGAGCCUGUCUACUCCCGCAAGGACGUAGUCCAAGUCAAGAGCGCCGAGACCUGGCACAAGCAAGGACGAGCUCCCCUUCCCGGCGAGCAGCCCUUGAAGCGCGUCCCCUACCGAGCAGCAACGAACAACCGGCGACGAGAGAUCGCCGAAGCCGAGCGGCUUACGGGCCAGAAAGUGCUGCAGGGCUUGUACAGCUUCGAUCAGACGGACUGGAUCAUCCCGCCACCCAUCGAAAACGGCGUCAUCCCCAAGAACGAAUACGGCAACAUCGAUUUAUUUGUUGAGCACAUGUGUCCUCAGGGAGCGGUGCACGUGCCGUACCGCGGCGCGAUGCGGGUGUGCAAGCGGUUGGGUAUCGACUACGCGGAGGCGGUGGUGGACUUUGAGUUUGGACACAGGAUGGCGGUGCCGGUGAUUCAGGGGGUGGUUAUCGCCGAGGAGCAUCAUGAUCAAGUAAUGGAGGAGCUGGCGAAGGACGAGGCGGAGAAGAAGAGGAAGGAGGACGAGAAGCGGCGGAAGGCGGCGUUGGGGAUGUGGAGGAAAUUUUUGAUGGGGAUGAGGAUCGUGGAGAGGAUUAAGCAGGAUUAUGGGCAUGUGGGUGAUGAGGUGGAGGUUUUUGGGAAGCAUGGUGGACGAGGAGGGGCGGGGGCCCAGGAGGAGGAGGUGUCUGAAGCUGAAGGAGCUGGGGAUGAUGAGGAUAUGAUGGGUGGUGGUGGGUUUUUGCCGGAAGGCUUUGAAGUGGAAGAGGAUGAGAGGGAUACCCAUCUCAGGUCUUCUUUCUUCCCCGUGGUGGACGAAGAUGACGAAGAUGACGAGGAUGGAGAGGAUGCACUGGAGGUUGAUCACGGCGAGGGCGAGGGCGAGGGCAACGCUGAGGAACCGGCAAAGAAGAAAGAUCCUGCGGUGAUGAGUACGAAGCCCAAGCGGAAGGUGGCUACCAAGGCGAGGGCGAGUGUUGCGGGUUCACGAAGGAGAACGAGGCGUAAUCUACCUUUAAGCGAUGAAGACGACGAGGAUGAAGAUUUGGAAAUGUCAGAUUUGGAGGACGAUGAGGAGGAUGUUUGAGCCAUACUUGUAAGCUAGGGUCGUGUACCGCGUAGAGGUGGAAGGUGGGUUGGGUGGCCUUGCUAACUACCGCGCAAUUACAAGUCACAGUAUCGGGGUUGAAGCAUUAUUUCCGGGAAUGUGGGGUUGUGACACGUGAACGUGGCCUAGCCCCCUUUGGGUGUUUCUUGCGAAUAUUUGUACAGCGCUUGUCCUCUUUCUUCCUUGUUGUAUUGUAAUGACAGUUAGGUACCCAUACUUGCAGAAUAUCCGUUCAGAUCGACCUUACACCAAGACUACAACUGCC